GAGUGCAUUUCCAUCCACAUCGGGCAGGCUGGAGUGCAGAUGGGCAAUGCCUGCUGGGAGCUCUACUGCCUGGAGCACGGCAUCCAGGCCGAUGGGACCAUUCCCAGCUCCAAGCAGGUGAAAUCCAUGGAUCCCAACUCGGAGCAGGUGGAUUCCUCCUUCGAGACCUUCUUCUGUGAGACAGCUUCUGGCAAGCACGUGCCCCGGGCAGUGUUCAUAGACCUGGAGCCCACUGUCAUUGAUGAGAUCAGGACAGGGCCCUACCACGGGCUCUUCCACCCGGAGCAGCUCAUCAGUGGCAAGGAGGACGCUGCCAACAACUACGCCCGCGGGCACUACACCAUCGGCAAGGAGAUCAUCGACACCGUGCUCAGCCGCAUCCGGAAAAUGGCUGACCAGUGCAGUGGACUCCAAGGCUUCCUGGUCUUCCACAGCUUCGGAGGAGGCACCGGCUCUGGCUUCACCUCGCUCCUCAUGGAGCGGCUCUCCGUGGAGUACAGCAAGAAGUCCAAGCUGGAGUUCUCAGUGUACCCGGCCCCGCAGGUGUCCACGGCCGUGGUGGAGCCCUACAACUCCAUCCUGACCACGCACACCACGCUGGAGCACUCGGACUGCUCCUUCAUGGUGGACAACGAGGCCAUCUACGACAUCUGCCACCGCAACCUGGACAUCGAGCGCCCCACCUACACCAACCUCAACCGCCUCAUCGGCCAGAUCGUCUCCUCGGUCACGGCCUCGCUGCGCUUCAACGGCGCCCUCAACGUGGACCUCAUCGAGUUCCAGACCAACCUGGUGCCCUACCCGCGCAUCCACUUCCCGCUCACCACCUACGCGCCCAUCGUCUCGGCAGAGAAGGCCUACCACGAGCAGCUCUCCGUGCCCGAGAUCACCAACGCCUGCUUCGAGUUCUCCAACCAGAUGGUCAAGUGCGACCCUCGCCGCGGCAAGUACAUGGCCUGCUGCCUGCUGUACCGCGGCGACGUGGUGCCCAAGGACGUCAACGCCGCCAUCGCCGCCAUCAAGACGCGCCGCUCCAUCCAGUUCGUGGACUGGUGCCCCACCGGUUUCAAGGUGGGCAUCAACUACCAGCCGCCCACGGUGGUGCCUGGGGGUGACCUGGCCAAGGUGCAGAGGGCUGUGUGCAUGCUGAGCAACACCACGGCCAUCGCCGAGGCCUGGGCCCGCCUGGACCACAAGUUCGACCUGAUGUACGCCAAGCGCGCCUUCGUGCACUGGUACGUGGGGGAGGGCAUGGAGGAGGGCGAGUUCUCCGAGGCCAGGGAGGACCUGGCGGCCCUGGAGAAGGAUUAUGAGGAGGUUGGAAGGGACUCGGCGGACGGGGAGGAGGAUGAGGGUGAGGAGGAUGAGUACUGA